GUUCAGGGCUCUCUACUUCUCUGUUUUUUCCUUGGACCUCUCAUAUUCCACGUUUGAGCUACAGAGGCGGCUAAGAGACAGAGAGAAAGACAUGGAAGAGAGUUUAUUAGCAAAAGGGAUCAAAGAAGAGAAAAGAAAACCAGAAACUCCGUCUCUAACAUGGGUUACUUUCACUGGGGAGCUCAAGAGGUUGGGAUUCUUGGCUGGUCCUAUGGUGGUCGUGACUCUAUCACAGUACAUGUUGCAGGUCAUUUCAUUAAUGAUGGUGGGUCAUUUGGGUGAACUUGCUCUCUCUAGCACUGCUAUAGCCAUCUCUCUUUCUGGAGUCACUGGCUUCAGUCUUCUUUUAGGAAUGGCCAGUGCGCUAGAAACUCUAUGUGGGCAAGCUUAUGGUGCUCAGCAAUAUCAAAAAAUUGGAAUUCAAACUUACACCGCUAUAUUUUCCCUAAACCUUGUCUGUCUUCCUCUGUGUUUGCUAUGGAUGAACAUGGGAAAGUUACUAAGUUUGAUAGGCCAAGACCCUCUAAUUUCACAUGAAGCUGGGAAAUUCACAAUGUGGCUUGUUCCUGCACUCUUUGCUUAUGCGACACUUCAACCACUCGUCAGAUACCUUCAGACACAAAGUAUAGUCAAGCCAAUGCUUAUAAGCUCUUUUGUAAUUCUAUGUUUUCACAUACCACUAUGUUGGGUUUUAGUAUUCAAGUCUGGACUGGGAAACCUUGGAGCAGCUUUAGCUAUGGGAAUUUCAGAUUGGUUAAAUGUGAUUUUGCUUGGAUUAUAUGUGAAGUACUCUUCUGCCUGCAAAAAAACCCUUGUUCCAAUUUCUAAGGAGAUGUUCCAAGGAAGUGGGGAGUUUUUCCGCUUUGCUAUCCCUUCUGCUAUAAUGAUUUGCCUCGAGUGGUGGUCUUUUGAGCUUCUUAUACUGUUGUCUGGUCUUUUACCUAAUCCGCAACUUGAAACUUCAGUUCUUUCUGUGUGUCUCAAUACGAUUGCAACACUCUAUACAAUACCGUAUGGACUUGGUGCUGCAGCAAGUACUAGAAUUUCAAAUGAAUUAGGAGCAGGAAACCCACAAGCUGCUCGUGUGGCUGUCUUUGCUGUAUUGUUUCUUGCAAUCACAGAGACAAGUAUAGUAAGCACAAUCCUUCUUGCAAGCCGGAGUGUUUUUGGUUACACUUUUAGCAACGAGAAGGAAGUUGUGGACUAUGUGACAACCAUGGCUCCCCUGGUUUCUCUGUCAGUUAUACUGGACAGUUUACAAGGGGUACUCUCAGGUGUUGCUAGAGGAUGUGGGUGGCAACAUAUAGGGGCUUAUGUCAACUUGGGGGCAUUCUAUCUUUGUGGAAUUCCAGUUGCUGCGGUUCUGGGUUUCAUGACAAAUUUAAGAGGAAGGGGCCUAUGGAUUGGAAUACAAACUGGUGCUUUUGUUCAGACAGUUAUGCUCUCUAUUAUAACAAGUUGCAUAAAUUGGGAAAAACAGGCAAGCAAUGCAAGGGAGAGCAUAUUUGAGGGGAAACUUCCACAAGAUAAUAAUGAGAAUGAGCAGAGAAUUUUGAUGGGCUAAAUAAUGUUAUUAUUACUGUUGUAACUUGUAAGGAUUGAGGAACAUUGAUUAUAUGAAUGAGCUUAUCAAUCUUUUUUUUUUCUUUGUUUUUGUUCUUCUUCCUUUCUUUUUUCCCCCUCUUUUAAUGGUGGCAGUGACAUCCUUGAAUUUGGUUUACAUUCUAGAGGAAUCUAUAUGGGAUUGGCAUAACCAUAUGGAAAAAUGUUUUCCUUGCCAAAACAUGUAGGAACUCUGUCUGAGGCUAAAUUAAUAAACUGUCCCUCAUAAAAAGAUUAAAAUAAAAAUUUAGUUCACAAA